AGCUGGUUCUCGCACUGGCAGCACUGGGGCAGUACUGGGGCGGCGGUGGUAGGGUAGUACUGGGGCAGUAGUGGUAGGACUACCAGCCCCCUUCUCCUGGAGAACUGUCCCGCUGGGCUCGGAACAUUCCUGCCGCCACCAUCAGACUGCACCGCGCCGCCACGAUCCGCUCCGCAAUCCGAUACCCGUCUCGAGGAUAAGUGUGUGUGGAGGAGUGUAUGAGUGUGUGAGAGAGAGAGUGUGUGUACUGGGAGAGAAGCACAGUUGUACCGCAGGACUGAGAGCGCGGAGAGCGGAGGACUGAGGCUGCUUUGGACGGAGUGUGAGUUCUGCAUCUCGCCGCGGACUUGAGCUUUCCCCGCCCCGGAGAACACGAGCUGGAGAGCGGCGUGCUGAGAGCCGCGGAGCCGCGUGUUUUCCCCCCGCUGCGCUGCACUUCGAGCCCGGGUCUAAUGGAGGGCCCGGUGCGGAUCGGCUGCCGGGAGUAUGCGGGACGCUGCUGACCUUCUCCGCCCGAGACUCGCGUUUUCCCUCCGGCUAAAGGCUUGGCGAGUGAGCGAGACUCCUGGUUAGAGGUCGGAGGUGAAGCAGCAUCAUGGACGACAGCGGCCUGAGAGGCCUGAAGGUUCUGUCUACUCUGCUGUGUGUGUACCAUGCCCUGCUCUUCAACUGCCCCAUCGUAUUGUCUCUGUCAUUCCGGACGCAGCCGGUAUCUGUGGUACAGAAACAUGGCGGAGCUGUUACCCUGCACUGUGUGGCGCGUCCCGCCUCCGCCAGCCUCACCUGGCUGUUCCAGGGUCAGCCCCUGCAGCCCGGGACCCUGCCCGGCAUCCGGGUCCAGCCUGGGUCCCUCUCCCUGUCCUCCCUCCAGCCCCAACACACCGGAUCCUACCAGUGUGUCGCCCAAUCAGAAACAGGCGCCGUCACCAGCCGCCAGGCACGGGUUACUAUAGCAGAUAUUGAAGAGUUUGAGGAGACUCACCGGCGGACGCUGGCAGUAAAAGCAGGGGGCACGGCUGUUAUUCAGUGCCCGCUGCCUCAAAGUAACCCCCCUGCUUUACCACGGUAUAGAAUACGGGGCAAAUGGAUAGAAGAGUCUACAGGUGAAUAUUUAAUUCUUCCCUCUGGGAACCUUCAGAUAGUCUCUGUUUCCUCAGAGCAUCAGGGCAUGUAUAAGUGUGGUGCAUAUAAUCCCAUUUCCCGAGAGUCCCGAGUAGAGGCCCAUGGCACUAAGCUCAUAGUAAAAGAUUCAGAUGGUUCUUCCCCUGUGGGGAUAAUAUAUCCAGUAAACCCAGUCAGCCUGACGGUGGAACAGAACACGUCGCUGGUUCUAGAGUGCGUAGUGUCCGGAAGUCCUGCUCCUGUAGCCAGAUGGACGAAGGAAGGCCAGGACCUGCAGUUAUCUCCCAGAAUGCAGUUGUUGCACAGUAACCUGCGUCUGAGUGAAGUCCGGGCUGGUGAUGGAGGAAACUACAGCUGUACGGUUCAGAGGGAGGAUGGGGAGAUGGUCAGUGUCAGCUAUACCCUCAGUGUACUCGUGUCCGCCAGUGUAUCCAAGGGUCCAUCCGACCAGUCCGUACCGUCCGGCUCAUCUGUGAGAUUCACCUGUGCCUCACGGGGAAACCCACCCCCUAAAAUCACAUGGCUCUUCAACUCUUCCCCAGUGUUACCCUCAUCCCACGUUCAGAUCUCAGACUCCGCACUCAGCAUUUCCUCCGUCAGCGCUCAGGACCAGGGCGUGUACCAGUGCCUGCUGGAUAACGAGAUUGGGUCUGCGCAGUCAGCUGCCAGACUUACUGUCCAAUCAGGUGCGACCUCACUUCCUGUAAUCCUGUCCCCCCCGGAGAGCGGCGUGUACGCUGAGGGUGAGCCGGUCACUCUGUCCUGUAACGCCAGCGGUCAGCCUCUCCCCGUGAUCCGCUGGUACAACUCAGACGGUCCCAUCGCCACGCACCCCUCCCUGCUGCUCCAGGCCCCGAGGGGGAAGGCCCCGCACCCUGGAGACGCCCCGGCCCACCUCACCAUGUCCCGCCCUGGGAGCAGCAGCCUUUACAUCCAGGCUAUGACUGCGGCUCACGCUGGGGAAUACGUCUGUGAGGCAUCUAACGAGCUGGGCACCGUGCGGGCACAGGCCUUACUGACCAUGGAACCACAGUCCAGUUCCACUGUCGCUAUGGAGGUCCAGCCCACCGUCCAUCCAGUCCAGAGCGACGAGGGGGAGGAGUCAUUUCUGCAUAUGGGAGACAGUGAAGCUUUAGGUCCGCCCACUGAGAGGACCAACGACAAACCCACUCCUGAAGCUCCGAUCAUCUACAGCCCACCCCAAACCCACAAACCCAACACGUAUGAUCUGGAGUGGCGGGCCGGGCAAAACUGGGGCAGCCCCAUCAACGCAUACUUCGUCAAAUAUCGCAAGGUGGACGAUAUGGGGAAUGUGGUGGGCAGCUGGCACACUGUCCGGGUUCCGGGAAGUGAGAAGAGCUUGACCCUGACGGACCUCGACCCGUCCAGCCUGUAUGAGGUGCUCAUGGUGGCCCGAAGCACAGCCGGGGAGGGUCAGCCUGCCAUGCUUACCUUCCGCACUGGCAAAGAGCGGAGCUCCCCUGCCAAUAAAAGCCCUAUCAAACCACCGGUCAUCCCUCAGCCAGGGAACCCUCCUGAAGUUAAACCUGUCACCACACACUUUGGAGUCGUCAUACAUGACCGAGAUUCAUCACGUUCUGCAGUUCCAGAAGCCCCGGAUCGGCCCACCGUCUCGAUGGGAACUGAGAGUUCUGUUUAUGUCACAUGGAUCCCGCGCGCCAAUGGUGGUUCUCCAAUCACAGCGUUCCGUGUGGAAUACAAAAAGGGGCGCAACGGUGACUGGGCCAUCGCCGACGACAACAUCUCUCCUCUCAAACUGUCAGUGGAAGUGCGCAACCUGGAGCCUGGUACCACAUACCGCUUCCGCGUCGUCGCCAUGAACAAUUACGGCGAGAGUCCCCACAGCGCCACCUCCAGGCCAUACCACGUAGUACAGACCAGUACGCCCAUCUCCAACCGGCCGGUGUCCGGCCCACACAUAUCAUCCACAGACGCUGUCAGUGAUACACAGAUCAUGGUGCGAUGGACGUAUACCCCCUCCAGUAACAACAACACCCCAAUCCAGGGCUUCUACAUCUACUACCGACCCACAGACAGCGACAACGACGGCGACUAUAAGAAAGACAUUGUAGAAGGAGACAAGCACUGGCACAUGAUUGGUCAGCUCCAGUCGGAGACGUCAUACGACAUCAAGAUGCAGUGCUUCAACAACGCGGGCGAGAGCGACUACAGUAACGUGAUGAUCUGCGAAACCAAAGUUCGUCAGCAUGCAGCCGCUCCCAGCCAGCGCACCCUGACCCCGCCCGACUCGUACUCUCCGGAGUCGCCCACUUCUGCCAGUAUGGUGCUGUAUCUGACAGUGGGCUGUGUGCUGGGUGCCAUGGUGCUCAUCCUGCUCUUCUUCAUCAUCAUGUGUCUGUGGAGGAACCGGCAGCAGCAGAACAUGCACAAGUACGACCCCACUGGCUACUUGUACCCUCCCAGUGAGAUGAAUGGCCACGUUCUGGACUAUUCCACUCUUCAGGGCUCCGGUCGAGUAAACGGCGGCGUUCACUCCGGCUGCGGUCACGGUGGACACGUCAUGCCCCAGGGUUGCCACCACUUCCACCACAAACUCCCCAACGGCAUGACUCUGCUGAACGGCUCCGGCCCACUUUACCCUGCCGGACAUCCACACAGCCACGACACCCCCCUGCCUCACAGUACAGAGGACUACGAGCACCCCCACCCUCACCCUCACUCCCACCACUUACAUAACGGGGGAGGAAUGUAUACGGCUCUGCCGCAGACGGACUCCUGCGACUGCAUGAACUGCCAGAACUUCUGCAACAACAACAGGUGCUACAAGAAAGCCAACGGUAAUUUCUCCGGCACUCUCCCGCUAAUGCACCACAUGGCACCGUGCCAGCUCGACGGUCUGGAGAUGGUACCGCUGAACCACGGCUCUCCUCGGUGCCGUGGCGAGGACAGCCCGCAGCUUCGCGGGAACAGUGAUCAGGAGGUGUGUGAUGAUCCGGGGGAGCACACGGUGCUGGCCCACAUCCACCACCAAUCCCGCGUGUCGGUGGACGUGGAGGUGGAGCCAGUCGUAGAGCAGAGAGAUCUGACAGAACCCGAAGAGCCAGAGCAGUUUGAGGAUCUGGAUGGGCCGGUGGUGUGCUGGGAGUCGCUGGGACUUCCUGAUCUGGACUGUAAAGAGAAACCAGCCUGGAUCUCCACGCCCAGCCUGUCUGGAGACCUCAUCCAGCCCACAGCGCAGAAAAUCUGAACACACACACACACACUUAUAUACACACAAACACACACACACAUACCCACAUCUUUGCACGUAUACACACACCAAACAUACACACACACAUGAACUGGGAAUGGAGUGUGUGGAAUGUGUAUGAGACCAGUAGCCGGCCAGCGCUGAUCAGAGACUGUGGUUAAUCUGAAGGACAGUAAACUGACUGACCCGGGCUGACCGGGCUGGACGAGGUGAUGUGGACGAGCGAGGAAGAGAGAGAGAGAGAGACAGAGUGAGAGAUGGAUGUAGAAAAAGAAAGGACUGAAUGAUAAAAGAGCAUGUUAAAAAAAGAAAAGACCCAUAGGGACGGAUUCUGGAGGAUCUGAAGCAGAAUCCGCUCCGGCUGUGGAUCAUGGACUUUUGGUCGGGGGGGGGUAAAGAAACUCUUUAGAUGACUUAUUUAUUUUUUGUAGUAGUUAAAUAUUAUUUCAUAUGAAUGUAUCUGUUUUAAGAAAAAAAGGUUCGUCUUUUAUAUUAUUUAUGCUUUUUUGAUGAGAUACUUUUUAUUUUUUUGUUGUUUUCUUUUGUCUGUGUUUUUAUUUUUUUGUCUCCUGUGUUCCACACAGUGUGGAGUUUAGCCAUUGUAUUUGUAAAGUUGUGUAAUAAUAUAAAGAGAAGAUAUGGAUGA